AUGGGGAUGGUCCUGCCUGAGAGCUCCCAGCUCCCCACGGGGGACGAGGACAGGACAGGGGCAGACAGGCCUGCCCCCAGCCAGCCCCAGCGGGCCACCUACGACGCCAUCGUCAUCGGGGCUGGCAUCCAGGGCUCCUUUGCUGCCUACCACCUGGCCCGGCGCCACAAGGACACGCUGCUGCUGGAGCAGCUGGAGAGCUGCCGGCGCAGCCUGGGUGACACCCAGCUCCUCGAUGCCGUGACGCUGGCCCAGCGCUUCCCCGGCCUCCGGCUCCACCCCGGUGAGGUGGCCCUGUGGGACGGCACUGCCGGGGUGCUCUUCGCCGACCGGGCACUGCGGGCAGUGCAGGAUGUCUUUCGCCGGCACGGGGGCACCUUGAGGGACGGGGAGAAGGUGCUGAGCAUCCAGCCUGGGGCUGUGCUCACCGUCACCACCACUGCCGGGAUGUACCGAGCCCCCCGGCUCAUCAUCACAGCUGGAGCCUGGACUGGUGCCCUCCUAGCACCCCUGGGCCUCCACCUGCCACUGCAGCCCCUGCGCAUCGAUGUCUGUUACUGGAGGGAGAAGGAGCCAGGGACCCCCAGUGCCGGCAGAACCAGUCCCUGCUUCAUGACCCUGGGGCUGAGCCAAGCCCCCCACGGUAUCUAUGGGCUGCCUGCCCUCGAGUACCCAGGGCUGGUCAAGGUGUGCCACCACCAUGGCAGCCCCACCGACCCCGAGGAGCGGGACUGGGCACCGCCGGGUGCCCCUCACCCUGAUGUCACCCUCCUGAGCACCUUCAUCAGCAACUACUUGCCUGGACUGGAGCCCCAGCCAGCUGUGAUGGAGACCUGUCUAUACACGAACACCCCGGAUGAAGACUUCAUCCUGGACCGGCACCCUGAGUUCAGCAACAUCAUCAUUGGGGCUGGUUUCUCAGGGCACGGGUUCAAGCUGUCACCGGUGGUGGGGAAGCUGCUGUGCGAGCUGAGCCUGGGUGAGGAGCCGUCCCACAGCAUGGCCCCCUUCGCCAUCUCCCGCUUCCUCCGGGCUGCACUGUAG